AGCUUAGUGCCAGUAAAAUCCCAUUGGUAACAUCUUCCUAUAUUCCCAUCACAUCAUUCAUACACUGUAGCGUUACCUGAGGGUGGUGACAUGGUGCAGUUCGUUUUUUCUGCCAUUAGAUGUCUCAAUCUGUGAUGCAGUGGUGUUCAGAAUUGGUUGCAGAACCUCCUUUAAAAUUAAUCCGGACAGAAAACCUUAGAUAGAUAUAUUAUUUUCAAUUAAAAAAAUGCAGAAAUAUGAGAAACUGGAGAAGAUCGGUGAAGGUACCUACGGAACAGUCUUCAAAGCCAAAAACAGAGAGACCCAUGAAAUUGUAGCCCUCAAAAGAGUACGUCUAGACGAUGAUGAUGAGGGAGUACCAAGCUCUGCACUGCGAGAAAUCUGUCUUUUGAAAGAACUAAAACAUAAAAAUAUAGUUAGGUUGCAUGAUGUACUCCACAGUGAUAAGAAGUUAACCUUAGUGUUUGAAUACUGUGAUCAGGAUUUGAAGAAAUAUUUUGAUAGCUGCAAUGGUGACCUAGACCCUGAAAUAGUAAAGUCCUUCAUGUACCAGUUGCUAAAAGGUUUGGCUUUUUGCCAUAGCCGGAAUGUGCUGCAUAGAGACCUCAAGCCUCAAAAUCUUCUUAUUAACAGGAAUGGCGAGCUCAAGCUAGCUGAUUUUGGAUUGGCUCGUGCAUUUGGAAUACCUGUCAGAUGUUACUCAGCUGAGGUUGUCACAUUAUGGUACAGGCCUCCAGAUGUACUGUUUGGUGCCAAGCUGUAUUCCACCUCGAUUGAUAUGUGGUCAGCAGGGUGCAUAUUUGCAGAGUUAGCUAAUGCUGGAAGGCCGUUGUUUCCAGGAAAUGAUGUGGACGAUCAGCUAAAGAGGAUUUUCAGAUUGUUGGGUACACCGACUGAGGAGCAGUGGCCCACCAUGACCAAACUUCCAGAUUACAAGCCCUACCCCAUGUAUCCAGCAACAACCUCACUGGUGAAUGUUGUUCCGAAACUGAGUGCGACAGGACGGGAUCUGCUACAGAAUCUACUGAAGUGUAACCCAGUCCAGCGGAUCUCAGCAGAGGACGCCUUGCAGCACCCGUACUUUGCUGAUUUCUGUCCUCCAUAAACAAUUGCCAAACCCCAGUAACAAAACUCAGUCUAACCUCCUGCAUCGAACACGCUUAAUUCCAGUUUUAAUACAGGACCCAUCCAUCACUGGCAAACCUGCAAGGGACCAGGAGCAAAUCUGCUGGCUUCGACUGUCUAACACUGCCUGAAGCAACACAGCCUUGGUGGUGAACAUCUCAUUCUCUGUUUUGCUUUCUUUUUGACUCCAGCAUAUGCACGUUUAAGACUUAAUUUACAGUCACGCAGCUACACAUAUGGGCCCAUGCAUGCCUAUAAAAAACAUGCUGGUAUUUUGGACAGUUGGACAGUGUCCUCCUUUCAGACAAACCCCAUUACAGAUGUGCACUUUACUUUUCUUCUUUUGACUAGGCAUUAUAAUGCUCACAGGGACUGUGUAUGAAAAUAAGUGGGACAUGUUUCUCAGUGUUCUGAUGAUUUUGGGUGAAAUUUGAAUUCCCAGAUUGCCAGAAUGAGUUUUUUUUUUACUGUAAAGUUACAUGAGGUUAAAUGUUUUGACAUUAAUAUGACCAGUUGCUGUGUAUAUCAGGUUUUAAAUCUCAUUCACCCACAAUUUCCACAAAUGUCCUUCAUUAAGUAACCUCUAGCCAUGUCAAUCUGGGGCUACAAUUUGAUAUACCUAAAGUGAGAAAGUACUGUACUAGCUUUUUUGGUUCAUCGUAUUGUAUGAAAACCAUGUUCCCCUUUAAUGAGCGGUGAAAUACAGAAAUGAUCGUGAACUGAGAAAGGGGCCAAAAGCAGACCAGAUCUGCAGCUGAUGCAUUUAUUAUGUAUUGCCUGACUCGCAAUGACUGUGUAUUUAAAGAUAUUGUAAAAAAUAUCUGUCUGUCCAUUGCACAGGUAGCUCAUUUGAACUCUGCUGUUGAUACUGAACACUUCUUGCACUUGUUGAAAUGUUAGAAAGGGUAGAUUUAAAUAUAUUGCUGUUAUUUAUUAACAAUGUUUUCCUGCUUAAAUAAAUAUUUAGAAAAUGAGUACAAAAUGCCUUAUUUAGUAUUACACAUACUCUGUAAGGAUGUGCGCGUGUGGUGGUUUAAUUAUUUAGUGCAGUUGUGUUUUAAGUUUUCCUCACUACUCUGAUUUUUAUUAAGCAAAUAAAGAUGUUGGAUUCUACAGGGUGCACUUUAGACUGUUUGACAUUCAUUCAUGAAGGAUCAUCUCUCAUUUAGUUCUGUUUCCAGUUGUUGGGAGUGAAUCUUACAGUAAAUUAAGUGACUGACAAGGAUUACAUGAUCCUCUGGGUUUAUUGUCCACGUUUUUGUUUCACCCAGUUCAUUUACCGGUACAUGUUUUUACCACUGUUGCAAAGAAAUAAGCAAACAAAAGAGCUGCACCAGAGAGAACUCCUAAAAGCAUCCCUUUCACCAGCUCACCUCCAACCUCCUCUUUGUAAAAGCAUUAUACAGCACAGAGAGGUAUGGUAAAGUAUAUAAAAAAUAAAAAUAAAACAUGGCAAACCAGGGUAAACUAUGGUAAAUACAUUGUUUAACCAUGGGAAAAGUGCAAAAAUACUGUGCAAAAAUACCUCAGAACGUUGUUAAGGGUGAAAAAGGCUUUUUGUCAAAAUGAUGAUGUUUGAUAGAAUAUUUCAUAUACAGGGCCAUCUUUGGGAUAUGCCGCAGCUUGCUUUUUUCAGAGUAUUUUACAGCACUGGGGAAUCAACCUAUUUGUGGUUAUUCUGGAAUUACCAUUGAAAAUAAGGGGUUGAUGCAAUCCACGUGGAUUCCCUGGUACAGUAACCUGCUAUAAAAAAAAUCAAUAUCUGACCAGGAAUGAUUAUUCCUAAUGUCAGCACUGCAUAAAAUGCUGCAUAUUGAUCACCUUACAAUGUAACUAGUAUUGUAUAGAGAUGUAUAUUUUGAGCCAGCAUUGCAAGGAAGCCCCAGGAGUUUGUUUUAGUAUGAGAAAAAAAUCUAAAAAUGUUCCUAUGGGCGAUCGUGUACGGGGAUUUGAACUUUUAUGAUAAGAUUAAAAUGUAUUUCUGUGUUCGGGGUGCUGAGGGCAUAGAAGCCUAUUUUCCCCUCGUAUAUUAGACAGAUUUUAAUCCAUCCCCAGUGUAUGUUAUACUUAGGGCUUCUGAUUUUUUAUCGGUUUUAAUGGUUAAAACCAAACUACAGAACACCUAAAGGGACAUUGUGAAAAAAAAAACAACCCAAAAACAUCUCGUGUUCCCCAGAUACUAUCUCAUGCGCACAAGUUAAUAUCUUGCUGAUUGCAGCAGACACCUGGUGUUCCCGGUGGAUAGGUUAGGAGACAAUCCCUGUAUUUUCCUUUGCAGUGUCUUUUGGGUCAAAGCAUUUUACUGGCUGAAAGCAUGCAAGUGAAUAAGAUUAGAAGCUGGUAUCAAAAGAUGUCACUUGAAUAGGUGAAUUUCACUCAUUUUCCAUAAAGAGUAAAUCUCUGAUGUGUGUUGCCUGUUUACAUUUCUUUUUACAUUAACUUUUGAAAAAACUACCAACACUACAGUUUGGUGAAUAGUGUUAUAUAUUAUUAUAACUAUUUUAUUUGACAAAAAAAACCUUAAACAUUAUUUGAGUAACUCCUGAAUUAAAAGCUUUGUGACUAGGACUCAUACUGCUUGUUUUAUUCAGAUACCUUUGUAAAUUGCAUAGCGAAUUAAUAGUUUUCUGAACGGUGCGUUUCUCAAAGGGGGUGUUGGCCAUUUUCAAAACUUGGUAAACUGUAUUUUUAUUUGCCAGACCUUGCAAACUCAUGUCUGUUGACAGAAACCUACGCUAAACCGACAUUACUAGAUCAUUUAAGUGUCUGCCCAGUGUGGACAUUUCUACCUUGUUCAUCCAGUAUCUCAGCACACUGCUGUAGAGUGUUUUUAGAUCUAGUUCUGAAUACAACAAAAUGUGUUAGACCUGUGUCAGUACUGAUUUAAAACACUGCUGUUUUGUUUUUGUAAAGAAGCAAAUAACACAAUAUGUGUGAGUUCUGAAAAAUUUAGCGUUACACAUCACGACGUGUUGCUACAACUGUUUAAAUAACAUACAUGUAUCUUUUUUUUCUUUUCACACUUAACAUCCUGAUAACGUUUUAAAGUUAUAAUUAUUAUUAUCAUUGAAAAUAUAUUGGUGUAGGAACUGGGGGUACAGAUACAAUCAAUGUCUAUAGCAGGUUCAUGUGACAUUUGGGUAAAGCCUUACAGUUUACAUAGAAACAGAACCACGUAAAGGUUUCAAAAAACACUUUGGGCGAUCACCGUUACUAAAUGUCAUGCUAGUUGUUUAACAUUGGGAGAAUGUAAUGCAGGAAAGAGUGGGACUGUCUCAACAAUUAUGCAAAGUUUUACUUGGAAAAUGUUGUGUAGACCAUUGCUUUAAAUUUGAUAAGCAACAUUUGUUUAUCUUUUCUUUGUGUCUUAGGCUGUUUUUUUUUUUGUAAAUAAGAUUAUGCUCAACAUUUGUAGACUUAAUCAUUGAGACUACAAAUCAUUGUAUCUGUUUAAAUAUAAUUUGUUGACAAGGUAUAGUGAUCAAUAUUUAAGUACUUUUAUUUUGUAAUGUCUGCACCUGUAUAUUUUUAAGUUGUAUAUUUGUUAAAUAUUUCAUAAAACUACAGUUGAGGUCAAGCUUC